AUGCCUCUCUUCGUCCUCAGCCCUGCCUCCCUGGCACAUUCGGCCCUCUUUGCCGGCUACUACUCAUACCUCUCGGCCAACGUCGUCGUCAACCGACUCAACACCAACAUCUACCUUGGAUCUGGCGACUCGGACAAGGUGCUCGGCCCUGGUAACAAGAAGGUCAACAGCCCCACUGAACUUGCUAAGCUUCAGCGUGCUAUUCGCGCCCACGGCAACUUCUCCGAAACGGCCCCCUUCGCAUUCUUCCUCAUCUUCCUUGCUGAACUCAACGGUGCCCCUACUUCGCUCGUCCACGCUGCGUACACCACCUUGUUUGCCGCUCGUGUCGCGCACGCCAACCUUGGUAUCCAGGCUGAAAACUCGGCUGCCAUUGGUCGUCCCAUCGGCACCCUCGUUACCCUUGCUGUCACCAUUAGUGCUGGUCUCUACAACUUGAACCUCGGCUGGGAGCCCCUCAAGUCGUUCCUCGGUUUCAAGUGA